AUGAGGAAGCGCUCCUCCAUUCAGCAAAACCUACACGCCGCCGCCGUCAUGUCCAGAUCGGAUCGUCUCAGAGACAGAACCAGCUGCGCCGCCGCUGGAGCAGACAACUGGAUCAAAAACAGGUGGUCUUCACUACAGAACCAUUCAUAUGAUGAAGAUGUGCCUUCACUGUGUGUAAAAGGAGUGUUGCAGGCAGGAUAUUCUGAAGGAUGGACCUCAACAGUACUAGGCUACAAGAUCCUAGAGAAGAGGAGCAAGUUUACGGUUUAUAAGAUCUUGGUAAGAGACAGUAAAGAAAGUUGGAUAAUUUUCAGAAGAUACACAGAUUUCUGUAAACUUAACAACAAGCUUAAAGAGUUGUUUCCCAGCAUUCUUUUGCCAUUUCCCCCAAAAUGCAGGUUUAAAAAUACCUUUGGAGGGGAUUUUCUUAAAACUAGACAAAUUCAGCUUCAGCUAUUUCUGGAAAAGCUGGCAUUACACAAAGACAUGUAUAAUUGUGACAUUGUGCGACACUUCCUUCAUUUGGUCAACUCUCCAGAUCUAUUUGAAAGUCUAGAUGAAAGUCGGGCCUUUUGUGAGUCACUGGAGGAGAUUAACCAUCGCCUCCAGAGGGCGCUGUCAGACAAACAGAGAGAGGUGGACGUUUUGAAGGAAACUUUGGAGAAGAGACAAAAUCACUUGGAGCAUCUGAUGAAGAAAAUCAAAUGAUAUUAUUUUUACACAGGGCAGCUGUGGUUCAAACAUUGUGAGGUAGGAUAUUUUGAAGUUUACACAACCAGAUUCAUAUACCUCUGUAUUAUUUUAUUUGGGGUUUUGUGGAAGUGUGUAUUAUGGAUCCAAAUAAAAGCAGAAAUGUGCACCUGAACAAAGGAGGAAGUUUAUGAUGUUUUCAGGGGGUCCUUGGGUGAGAUAAGAUGUCUUCCUUCUCUCUCUGUUAAUUUUAUGGUACUAAUGUAAAUACAA